ACGGGCGUUCGGGGCGCCGUGGGCUCCGCGGGGAGGGCUGCAGCCGCUGUCGCGCAUCCCAGCCGCCCCCGAGUACUGACCGAUGUUGCCGGUUGUCCGCAAGUUAUUCGUCGCCGGGCUCGUGCAGAAUGGAAACAGACUGUAAUCCCAUGGAGCUAAGCAGUAUGUCAGGAUUUGAAGAAAAUGCAGAAAUUAAUGGUUUUGAAGGAACUGAUAUGAAAGACAUGAGGCUAGAAGCUGAAGCAGUUGUAAAUGAUGUUCUCUUUGCUGUUAACAACAUGUUUGUCUCAAAAAACCUGCGCUGCGCAGAUGAUGUGGCCUACAUCAAUGUGGAAACUCGAGAAAGGAACAGAUACUGCCUGGAGCUCACUGAAGCAGGGCUUAAGGUAGUAGGUUAUGCUUUUGACCAAGUGGAUGAUCACUUACACACUCCCUACCAUGAAACAGUCUACUCCCUGCUGGAUACGCUCAGCCCUGCCUACCGGGAUGCCUUUGGAAAUGCACUCCUUCGAAGACUGGAAGCUUUGAAAAGAGACGGACAGUCGUGACUAAGCUUUUUCCUUUUAGAGGGAGCAACUGCUGGUACAAAAUGUGGGCAUAAAGCUUGAAGCUCUUGCGUAUGGUCAUGGUAGAAAAUGCAUCGUUGGUUUUGUGUUUUUAUCGUUUCUUGCUUCAAAUUUGGCUCAACAUUAUUAACUAAUAAAUCAUCUGUCCUAGCUCCUGAUUCAUUAAGGGAAUCCUGAGGCCAUUGCUGUGGUAGCAUCAGUAAGGCAUUCAGAUUUCUCCAUUGGUAUCUGCAUUUCAAACCCGCAUCACUACUUCAUUCUGUUACUCCAGGGCUUUGAUGCUGCCAGCACUCUCUGUUACAUAGGAAAUUCUGUAUUUGCACAGUAAUAUAGGAAUUAAAAUGACCUAAAGGCAAACUUGGAUUCAGCUUGCUAAAUCAGGGGUUUACUACCAGCUUGGACUAACGUUGUAGUCAUUAUUUUGGUACUAGCCUUACUGGAAACAAACUAUCAACUAGUUUCCCCUGCACAAAUUUUGAAAUUCACUGCUUCACUUAAUCUAUUUAUAUUACUAAUAUGGACUGAUAAAGAUGAAUUAAUUAUAUAUUACUUAACUAGUAUUAAAUGAACAACAGGGACUGAAAUAGUUCUGUAUUCCUUGUUUGCAACAACCAGCCAACUAAGAGGACAAACUGUAAGAAAAUGAAUGUAAUAAUUACUUUUUCCAAGGUAUUGAAGCACAUAAGCAAAUAGAGGAACAGGCUCCAUUCUUUUUUCCUAACAAAAAGCAUCUUCAAUGUGUGGGAUUUAAAAGGAAGAAGACUCUGAUUUCUUAAAAAAACAAUAUUUUGGCCUGUGUUGAUUCUUCUUAUGAAUGUUUGUUUACAUGAUGUACAGUAUAUAUUCAGAAAGUAUUUUUGCUUCAACAUUUACUUUCUAUAAUGUGAUGCUUUGGUAUUCCUACAGUGUCCCUCCUUCCCCAACAGAUGUACAGUGUUUCGUCUCAAUGCUAAAUCCACAAUGUAAUACGAGUGCAUUGUAUGGGUUUGAAACCAAAGGAUGAAGGAAGCACUCCGAGACUUAAUGUUUGAAAAAGGCAGAAUCUGUAUUUUAUAUUUUAUUACAGGUACUAAUAUUUAUAAACUAAUAAACUAUACCAUGCUGCUUCAUGUUUUCAAGAACAUGUUGAAUAGUAAGGAUUGGGGAAAUUGUUUUUUUAAUAAUAGUCUAAAGUAGCAGCUGUAGAAAUGAACUAAAAUUCUACAUCUCGACACACCUUAAGAAAUUUGUCAUUUGCAGGCUUUUUUUUAAUCAUUAAAUACUAGGUACUUUUAGGCUCUGAAGACCAGGUAGACCAGAGCAAAUGGGAGUUCGGUUCAGGCCAGUGUUCACUGUCAAACGCCGUUGGAAUGCUUUCAUUACGGUUGGCAACACAGAUUCAUUCUCAGCUUUCUUGUCAGACGCUUCACUGUUUGGGCAAUGAAGUUUAACUUCAGGUUGAACCUUCUCAUGCUAAUCUCAGGCUAACUGUAAACGAUAUUUGUAAAGUUUGAAUAAAAUUCUGUUUACUCAUUUUGAGUUUUAAGUAUGAAGAAAAAGUGAUUGUAUGUUUAAAAAUUGAAAU